GCCACCGGUGACAAUUACGUCUGGGUCCAAGCAAACAUGAGGCAGCUGCCAGAGGACUGGGGCAGUCCCUCUCGCCUGGGCUGCGAAGUGGGGAGGCCGGCAACAGUUUCUUCCAGCACCCAGGAUGCAGCAGGCUAAGGAGGGGAUGAAGACAUCGGACGGAAGCCUCCUGGAGGACCCUGGGCGGACCCCACUUAGCAAGAAGGAGGAUGUCAAGUGGCAGAGGCCGCGGUUCACCCGCCAGGCUCUGAUGAGAUGCUGCCUGGUCAAGUGGAUCCUGUCCAGCGCAGCCCCUCAGGGCUCAGACAGCAGUGACAGUGAGCUGGAGCUGUCCACGGUACGCCACCAGCCAGAGGGGCUGGACCAGCUGCAAGCACAGACCAAGUUCACCAAGAAGGAGCUGCAGUCCCUCUACAGGGGCUUCAAGAAUGAGUGUCCCACGGGCCUGGUGGAUGAAGACACCUUCAAACUCAUCUACUCCCAGUUCUUCCCCCAGGGAGAUGCCACCACCUAUGCACACUUCCUCUUCAAUGCCUUUGAUGCUGAUGGGAACGGGGCCAUCCGCUUUGAGGACUUCGUGGUCGGGCUUUCCAUCCUGCUGCGAGGAACAGUCCAUGAGAAGCUCAAGUGGGCCUUUAAUCUCUAUGACAUUAACAAGGAUGGCUACAUCACCAAGGAGGAGAUGCUGGCCAUCAUGAAGUCCAUCUAUGACAUGAUGGGCCGCCACACCUACCCCAUCCUGCGGGAGGAUGCACCCAUGGAGCAUGUGGAGCGGUUCUUCCAGAAAAUGGACCGGAAUCAGGAUGGGGUAGUGACUAUUGAUGAAUUCCUGGAGACCUGCCAAAAGGAUGAGAACAUUAUGAGCUCCAUGCAGCUGUUCGAGAAUGUCAUCUAGGACAUGGACAGGGGGCUGGUGGCUAUUGCCACCUCCACCCCCAACUAACCUCAAUCCUACCAGGAGAAGCCUACAUGAGAAACUUUUUAAAAAUAUAUUUGCAAAGUGAACAGUUUGCUCCAGAUACUCCCCCCCAACCAACACACACAUACACUAUUCCUCUGGGCUGGCAGAGGGGAACAGAGGAAGGGGCUGAGUCUGGCUAGGAACGAGGUCCAUGUGACCACAGUCCCUGCCAGCCCUCUCCAGGGCAGUGAAGCGAGGCUGGCUCUGGGUGAACAGCUGAAAGAACAGGUCUGCAGGCCACUGGAUGCCAGCAGGAGGGGCUCAGUCUCCAAAGAAAGCCCCCUCCUGUGGACCCACCUCACCUCUCCUUCACCUCACAGUAGGAUGGCUCUGGGACUCUCUGGCCUCUUCCCCCAGCCACUUCCUGCCCACUGUAUGAUUCUAGAAAGCCCCUCAUGGCAAGACCCUGGAGCGGCCAGAUGAAGUCAAGGGAGCUCUGAUUAGGAAAGAGGUGUGAUGGAGGCUGGACCUUCCGCUCUCUGGAGAUGCUUCCCUGGGGCUCCAGGACCCCUAUCCCCCAGACCUGGGAGAGCCAGAGCCUGGACCAAGCCACUCACUGUAGGGAAGCUUGGGUGGUGAGGGGCCACUGGGCUCCAAUCUCCCUCUGGCCAGUAAAGGAGGGCCUUUCAACCUCAGCAUUUGGGUUUCUUGAUGGAAUAUCUGAGGGGACUGUUUGCCACCUCCAUAGUGGUGAGGAGGGGUAGAAAGGCCUUCCCUUGCCCCAAUCCUAGCUCAGUAGGAAUGGUGGGUGGGCUGUCUACUUUCUCUAGCACCAGACUGUUCUCCUCAAGGUCCUUCUAGGUCCUGGGAAGUCACAUGGCUCAGGGACUAGCAGCCAGGGAGCCUGGGGACAGUGCUCUGAGGGUCCUGAAAAGGGGCUCCUCCCUCCUCCUUACCCUUCACCCUCCUGUCUCGCUUGGCUGAGCCCCUGUCCUGAAGCAGUAUGACCAUCCAUCAGCCUGGGCUCACCCCAACUCCAUUUAAAAAAAAAAAAAGCACAAGCACCCUCAGCACCUCAGGCCACAGCCCAUGGAGAGAGCCAAGGACAUUAUACUUUUCAGAGGCAAGGUCUUCCUGUUGGGCUAAGGCCUGCGUCCCAGUAGCCCCAUUACAGGUGGGCCUGGGGAAGAAACCUGGGAGGUCUGUUCUGUGCCUCAGGGCAGUGGGAACUUGAAGCUCUGCCCAGCCUAUCAAUAUUCAAAAGCACAAACCCCAGGGACUCUGGCUGGGCUUUGCUCUGGGAAUGGAGGACAAUGCCAGCCCAAAGCCAGAGCCAAUGGUAGGGGCUGAAGGAGAGGUCUGUGACUGGGCUGCAGGUCAACAGUAACUUCCAGGACAGAGUGGGAUGCUGCUUCCACCUGCCCAAACCUGGCAGCGAAGGAGCCCAGUCCCAGGCAGCAUGGGCCCUUCUAGGAACAUUCCCACAUGAUACAUUCCAUCAGUGUCUGCCCAACUCUGCUCAGGCUCAGCCACAGGGAGUCUCUGGGUGCCCCCCAAAAGCUAGCCCCAGGGUGAACAGGGCCCUUGGAGGAAAGACAGGAUGGCCGUGGAAGCCCCUUGACACCCACAUGCAGUGGGCCUCCUCCUUGGAGCUGCACUGACACCCAUCUCCCCUCCUCGAGGAGGGCAUCAGCUUUCCCUAGCUCAGGGAUCUUCUCCCUCUUCCCUUACCUCCAGCCUCCCAGCUGGUGUCUCUGCUUCUAAGGGGCCAAGGCUUCAGGGCUAGACUGGCUACACAUCCAACCAGGAGGGGUCUGCCUCCCAUACUGGGAUGAGGACUGGCCGCAUGUCUGCAUGGCAGAAGCAUCUUCCCUGGCCAUGGCUUGGGAGGGUGGUUCCUGUUUUCAGUGGCCACCAAUAUUCAGUCCUGUAUAUUUUAAUAAAAUAAACUUGACAAAGGA